UAUCCCCUGGGGGACCGGGAGCCAAUAGCGUCGCUCGACAACCCGGAAGGAACAGCAGCCCGAAUAGAGCGCCUGGAUUUCAAUUUCAGAACAGAAACGAAGACAUUGACAGGUCUGAUCUGAGGUCAGUGUCUGCCCCAGUAAGACCAUGAGUUUCUCCCCCACCCCCGUGGGCCCGACCGGCAGCCGUAGUGUCCAGGAGCAGAGGGAGAAGUGGGAGAGGAAGAGAACCCGUACAGUCAGGGCCCUGGUCCAAACUGAACAGAAAUACUGUAAACAACUACAACUAGUCAACACGUACUUUGUGGAGAUUCUGAAGGCCAAAGGCACCCUGAGGCAGGACAUUAGAGAAAGCAUCUUCAGUUCCAUUCCAUCCGUCUAUUCAGUAAACCAGACGUUGUUGGUCCGUCUGGAGAACGGGGACUUCGGCCGUGGAUUUGAUGACUUCUGUCCUCACCUCCACCACUACGUUACCUACGUAGACAACAUCCAGAACGCCAACAGGGUCCUGGCGCUCCAGGUAAAGAAGAACAAAGCCUUUAGAAGGUUUAAGAAGCUCCAGGAGUCCAGACCAGAGUUCCUCAACUGUAAACUAGAGGACCUCCUCCCACUGCCCAUACAGCGCAUCCAACAGUACGAGCAUUUCUUACGGGAUCUGUCAGAGAACACGAGUCCAGAUUACCCAGAGUUCCAACCGCUUUCAAGGUCGGUGAAGCUGAUCUCUGAGGUAUCCCAGCGUAUCCAGGACAACGCCCGCAGCCACGACAACCACCUGCAGCUGCGGCGGGUGCAGAGACUGCUGAAGGGGAGAAAGACCAAGGUGGAAGCUCCAGGACGCUGGUACCUGCGUGAGGGCUGGCUGCGUACCGUCCCCCCUAAAGGAGCAGAGGUCAAACCCAAGAUGUUCUUCCUGUUUAGUGAUGUCCUUCUCCAAGCCAAGCCCUGCCACCCUCUCCAUCCCACCAACGGAGAUAAGUUUGCUGGCCAGAGAGUCUACCCACUGAAGGACUGUACUGUGGACAAGGUGUUUGGGCACACCCAGAGCCAGGGCGGCCUUCUCAGUUUGACCUUCCCUAAAGCCAAGCUGCUGCUGAUGUCCAGCGACCAGGAAGAUAUCAACGACUGGUAUUACAGCCUGAGCUCUGCUGUAGGUCAGUUAAAGUCCAGGAACACAGUGGUCCAUCAGAGAGAUGAUCUGGUCAGGAGACCUCUACGCUGCUUUGUAGAGGACCAGAAGAACCAAACUACCCCCUCCACACCACCCACCACCCCAGGGAGGAAGAGGAUGGCCCCUCCUCCACCCCAGACCCCCUCCAGACCUACAGCUCCAGCAGAAGCAGAGGGCAGCGCCUCCAAGAGGAUGAAGCUGACUGGGGGGCCAGCUGAGAGUGAACCGGCCAGGUCAAGCUGUGUGAUCCUGUGAAGGACCAAGAACUUCAGAGAUCCUUGCUCUUUCACACAAACCAAUCAAGUCUGACAGAUAAGCGUUAAUGGGGGG